GCACGGUAUCAUGGCUACUAAACCUAAACAUGGAGACGACUUACCCCUUUAUCUCACCGACUCACAGCUUGUAUCUAAUUCAACCACCGUUUAACCCUGUCAUAUAGCCUACAUUAAUGCAUUAAAGAUUGUGUUACAUGGGCUAGGUUGGGAAUACUUUUGGCUGAUGUACAUUGUGUUGAAAUAUAUAUACUACUGGCAAUAAACAACAUUGUAGAAGAUUGUUCAAAGCCGUUUUCGCACGUUUAUUCUCGUGCCUUUGAACGUGUUCUGUACAUGUAAUCGCCCGCAGGCUCGAGGGCUUUUUCAAUUUGGCACAAAGACCCGCAGACGCACCUGGAGCCGCUGACUACUGAAGGGAGCGUUUUGUGUUUUGUUUCUUUUAGUAGGUUAAUUAUAGAUUAUUUGGAUUUUUUUUAUAUCAGACUUAAUUAAAUUCACACAUGAUGAAAUCGGUCUGGUGUUUUGACGCGGACUUAACAAUGAAUAUGUCCUAAAAAAAAAAAUCCCACUCGCCCGUUCAGAUGUGGUUUUGUAGCUGGAGACGGUUUUAUUUUGAGGCACCGAGGCGCCCAGGGAACUCUGCAGUGGAGAGAAAUUUAGCGAGUCCCAUUUUCCGCUGUCCCGAGAGCUGAAGUUUCUCAACUGCGUCGAGCAGACAGACAGACUGGCUGAGUCGCUAAGGAGGAGAGGAGAGGAGAACUGGCGUGUGGUCUUGACUCUUUCCAGUAUCUAGAGGCUGUGCUGUAACCUAGUCUGUUGUAAUGCGCAUUCCCGUAGAUCCCAGCGCCACGCGGAGGUUUAGCCCGCCGUCCGGUAGCCUCCAGCCGGUCCCGGCCAAGAUGAACGAGCUCAACACUCCGACCGGGACCGGGCAGCAAGACAGCACGGUGCCAAGGCUGCGACUGCAGGAGAACCGGAGCAUGGCGGAGAUCAUAGCGGACCACCCGGCGGAACUGGUCCGGACUGACAGCCCAAACUUCCUCUGCUCGGUUUUACCGUCUCACUGGCGCUGCAACAAGACGCUGCCUGUCGCCUUCAAGGUUGUGGGGUUGGGAGAGGUGACUGAUGGGACGGUCGUAACGGUGAUGGCGGGGAACGAUGAGAACUACUCGGCCGAGCUGCGGAACGCAUCGGGAGUGAUGAAGAACCAGGUGGCUCGCUUUAACGACCUGCGCUUCGUGGGCCGCAGUGGACGGGGAAAGAGCUUCACGCUGACCAUCACAGUGUUCACCAACCCUCCUCAAGUAGCAACAUACCAUCGAGCCAUUAAAGUCACCGUGGACGGACCCCGCGAGCCUCGGAGACAUCGUCAGAAGCUGGAGGAGUCUCCUAAAACAGGGCUGUUCUCAGACCGUCUCAGUGAGCUGGAGAGGAUCAGACAGACAACCAUGAGGGUUGCCGUGCCGACACAGUCCCAACAACAGCCGCUCAACGCUGGACACAACCCCUUCAACCCCCAAGGGCAGACACAGAUACCAGGAAGCGAAGACCUCAGUCCGUUCCCAGGCCAGUUUGAUCGUCAGUUCCCGGGUCUCCCCUCUCUGACGGAGUCUCGUUUUUCCAGUCCCAGAAUGCACUACCCCACCACCUUCACCUACACCCCUCCCGUCACCGCCGCCAUGUCGCUAGGCUCCGCCCACUACCACACCUACCUGCCCCCUCCCUACCCCGGUUCCGCCCAAAGUCAGAGUGGACCCUUCCAAACCAGCAGUACUCCCUAUCUUUACUAUGGAGCCUCCUCUGGGUCGUACCAGUUCUCCAUGGUUCCCGGGGGGGACCGCUCACCCUCCAGGAUGGUUCCUCCCUGCACCAGCGCCUCCACCGGCAGCUCCCUGGCUAACCCUAACCUGCCCAGCCAAGGUGGGGGCGAAGGGGCGGUGGAGGGGGAUGGGAGUCACAGCAACUCCCCCACUGUACUCAACCCUGCUGGGGGGCGCAUGGACGAAGCUGUCUGGAGACCCUACUGAGGAGGAGAGGAGGAGGAGUUGGAAUAGAUGAAGGAGGCGGAACACGAGGAGGAAGAAGAAGAGGAGGAAGAUGAGAAGAAGAGGAGGAAGAGGAGGAUGAAGAGAAGGAGGAAAGGAGAGGAGGCCCGAAGAAAGUAGGUGUGACAAUGUAACUGAUGUCAUGGUUUUUAAAGCACAAAUCCUUUUGAAAAGGGAGUUGUUGAGUUGCGAUGAAUAAACACCAGUGUCUCCUGCAUCUGGAAAUAUACUCUGAGAUAAAAUGCCAAAAGAAACUAAGGGAAUGACUAGUAUGAACCUGUCUGGAGGAAUGUGCUGUGGCCAGACAGAUAGACACUACAAAGGGAUCUCGUCUCUUCUCAGCAUCAAUGAGACACAAACAUGAACAAUUAUGGUAGACUGCCGGCCCCAGUGGAGAAGACAUUAUAAUACUAAAGUAUUACCACAUAGUAAUCAUAGUACUACAAUACUACUAUAUAGUACUAUACCAUAGUACUAUAAUACUACUAUAUAGUACUAUACCAUAGUACUAUUCCAUAGUUCUACAAUACUACU